AUGCAUCACAUGGACUAUCCCUAUGUAACCAGAGAGAAUGUUACUCUGCGAUUUCUCAAAGACCAGCAGCCGCAGGGUUUUGAAUUUCCGAAAGUACUCCAUCAUUUCGAGACUGACUCGCGAUCCUUCCUCGUCGUCUCGAGGGUUCCCGGCCAGCUCCUUCAUGAGUCUUGGCCCAACAUGGACGAGACUCUUCGCCAGUAUUACAUCGGAAAGGUAGCAGAUGUUUGCAAUCGCUUAGCAGCAUGGAGGGGCGAUCUCAUUAGUGGUGUGGACCGACACCAACUGUUAGAACGUUAUUCCCUCAAAGGCAACAGCAAGAUGGCGGAUGUUCUUGCUCCACAACAGCUUCUGAAGAAUUGUACCGAGAUUUGUAUGGAUGUCUCUACAGUUGUCUUCUAUCAUUGCGAUCUUGGCCCUACGAACCUUCUUGUCGAUGUCUCGACAGGCUCGCUAGGCAUCAUUGAUUGGGAGCUCGCUGGCUAUGUGCCUAUCGAAUGGGUCAGGACAAAAUUUCGACUCUCCCCAGGAAUGGAUUUCCAUGAUGGAGAUGAGGACUUUAAUGGGACUGGCGCCGCAAGGUUGCCCAGCGUCUGGAAAAGAUGGGCUACAAGCGAUGUUGUGGAUGCAUGGUUUAAGUUCCAGGACAGCUCGUAG